AGGUUAGAUGCCUUCUUCGAUGGGUUCUUUUGUAGAUCUUAACCUUGUUCACUAACUGACAUGGACAGUUUACAUGAUGUCUUCUCACAAAUAGAAAAUGACGGUAGUCCAAUGAAGAACGGAACGGAUCAGAUGGUAGCUCCCACCGCCCCGGCUCAGAAGUACGUGACUUUUGAUGAGGAUGAACCCAGCACAAGGACCUACGAUAACACCCAGCCAUUCACCGCCCCCACAGUACCCAGUUACGGCAACCCUAGUGGUAACUAUGGUAACGCCCCCACAUACGGAGAUGCUCCAAGUGGUAACUAUGGUAACACUACUGAGGAUGGUUACAUGCCGAGUGGUGGUGGUGGUGGUAUGGUUACUGAAAACACUGGCCAACCGUGCCUGUCAAUGGAGCAACCCAAACUUGAGCAAAUCAAGAAGUGGACUGUUCAGAAUUACAAGUUUACCAAACAGCUUGUCAGUGAAAAGUUUGGGCAUUCCACUAAAACCGUGGACAAGGAUUUAGAAGACAGGAUAGAAGAGUUAAGGUUAUCUAAAGUACAGUAUGGUAAUAUGUUAAGGGAAGCACGGGUAAUGUUCGCCAGAUUCGAGGCGCUGCUCACCACUCAUCACAAUAUCCGGGCUCAGUUCCAGACGCUGAUAUCUCACGCACCUGACCUUCAAGACCAGCUACAAGCAAGUGCCACAACUCACUCUAUUUUAGAGAAAAACGGAGAGGGAUUGCUGGGUGCUAUUAAAACGUUCGUAGACUCGCUCAACACCUUGGUUAACGUCACUAUUCAAGACACUUUUCUCACCAUCAAAAACUACGAAAACUCACGUAUUGAAUAUGACGCAUAUCGUAACGAUAUAGUUACUCUACAAAAUGCGCCCCAAACUGAAGCAAAUAAGAAUAGGCUUUUAGAAUUACAGGUCAUUUUUGAAAACAGAAAACAAAAGUGGGAGAAACUGAAACGGGACACGAACACAAAACUGGAUCUUUUGGGGGAAAACAGGUCGAUGGUGAUGAAAACACAACUGGAAAUGUUCAACUCCGCAGUUAUCGCUUACUUCAGUGGAAAUGGAGACAAGCUUAGCGAGGUUUUAGCAGAAUACCACAUAAAAACGAAGAAAAGUUCUGAAGAUGGUGACGCCACAACCAAUUCAUUUUUAGCUCGGAACGAAUAAUAUUAUCAUAUCGGGCCUUGUGGACCCACUGGACAAGAUUUGUGUGUAUUUCAGACAUUUUGUAUUCUUAAGAUUUUAGAAUUCAUUCUCAACAAGUAUUUCAUGAACAUUCGUCGUUAGCUCGUGAUGGAAAGAUGAACAGUCAUUCAGGAAUUGUUUGAUGGUUUAGACCGUAGUGCAUUUUAUAAACUGAACAUCAUUGAAAAUAUUGGAUAAUUUAGAAGAUUGGCUUAUAAUCCCUAAUCAAUUACUAAACCCGGCCGAAUACCGACAAAAUAACCGUUAAAAUAACAUCGUCUCAUAUUUAAGUAUUAAAUUAUAUGUGUCGGUGUGAUUAUACCAUAAGACGGAUUUAUAACAUAAGUGCUUAAUUUAAGAUUUAGUAUCACUGUUCUCGACAUACGCUGACAGAAAAUUGAAGGAUGUGGUUUAUUUCUACAGUUUGAAUUUGAGUCGGUGCAUGUUCUCGUUUGGGUGUGGUUUGAUAUGCCAGGAUACGGUGGUUUAUCUACAUAAUUGUUAGCAGUAUCCAAGAAGCUCGGCCGAUCUAUGCACUAGUCCGCGGACUGAUCCACAGACAAGGAUGUGUUUCACCCAGGGCCGGACAUGGAGUUCUUUAAAAUGAACAAUUUUGAAGUCAAUACAUUUUCCUCUCGUCACAAUGGAAUUUUAUGAUGAAAAUCAAAUCAAUCCUCUUUUAUUCGCAUUUUUAGGCUUAAAAGUGAUUUUUAAGGAUAAAUGCUGAGUCGUUUAAGCCUAAAAGGUAUUUCAUAUCGCUUAUUAUGUAUCAAAGCUUGAGUUUUUUAACACGAUGAGAGCAUAUUCACCAAUAUUCAUUUAAUGUAUCAGUUCUGUUCUUGCUUUUUUUCCAUAAUAUUACUGCAUGUUGCGCAUUAUGCAUGUCAAUAAGUAAAAACUUUUGAAGCUAUAUUUAGAAAGUAGAUCAGUAGUCUUCAAAUUAAAGUUGAAAAAACGUAGAUCACACAGUUUUGGAGUUUAAUCAUUCAUUUAUGUUGAAGUUAGAUUUGAGUUGUGGAGUCUAAUUUAUGUUAGAUUGAAGGUGCCGGUUCACCCACAUUCCACAAUGUCUAAAUAUAUUGGUAGAUUGUCUAGUGUCUACGAAGAAUGAUCACAUAUUCCUCCACGUGAAAGUAAUCCGUUAAUUUGAUUUCUUUGUCUGCUGAAAGUGACGACUUGUGCUAAUAAAGGGUAGACAUUGCAUUUUCAGCGUUUUUUUGCUGAAUAAAAUCAAACCAACUGAGAUUAUGUCAGAUUUCGUUUUCACGGCUUUUCAAAUGCAGAAUCACGAAUACUCGAUAGCCUUACUUGGGCUGAAUGUAUGGUGCUAUGGUAGUGCAUUCGUGCUCAUUUGUCACAGAAUCCAUUCACAUUUCAGUGUAUGUUCUAUGUAAUAAAUCAGCCCUUAAUCAUUUGCAUUCCGCUUCUCAGCCACAAAUAGAGUUGGUUGGUUUUUGCAGAACCUGAAAAUGUGAGACGACAGAUUUGUGGUCCUAGGAGUAUAUCGAUAUUAAGGCGUUUUUAAGGAACAAUAAUAUCUCUUGCCGGAUUAACUUGUGGACUAAUCCAAGGUUCAAGUAAUUAAUUAUAUGAUUCCCCUUUAAUAUAAGCGAUUUAAUGGAACGUUUCUAGAUCUAGAUUGGGGUGCGAACAUUAUGCAAUUUGUAGCAUUACUUUAUUGGAAGUUUAAGGAUAUUAAAAAGUUAUGUUGCUUACAUUUUUUGAAUUUUUCCAGGAAUAUUUUGUAAUUAUGUGCGGGUUUUGUGAUGUGGUGUCUCAACUAAAUUUUAACUAAUAA